UUACUAGUACAGAUAACGUUACCCACGUUACAGGACCUUUCUGUCUUCAAUUAACUCAUGACAUGGCCGGGCUUCUCUUGGAACUGGUCCACCAUUGGAGGCUGCUUCCAUUAAUUAUUGCGCUAGGCCUUUGUAAUGGAUUGCCGUUCGGCUAUCAUGUAUCAGUAAUCAGCUCAUCAUCCUUCUUUGUCAAAGACUUCAUCAACCAGACCUGGAUAGGAAGGUAUGGAUCACCUGUCCCCGAGGCAACGCUUACUCUUCUCUGGUCCACAGUUGUUUCAGUGUUUAGCAUUGGAGGACUUUUAGGAUCAUCGGUUGCCGGGUACCUGACAAGAAAGUUUGGAAAGAGGCGAUCUCAUAUAUUCACUCACUUAUUGGGCGUUACGGCCAGUCUAUUUCUUGGGUUAAGCAAGAUCGUGGGAUCCCAUGAGAUGAUUUUGGUUGGACGAUUCCUCUAUGGCAUCACAUUAGGCUUGUCAAUCAACAUAUACAUUCAGUACCUUGGAGAAAUUGCUCCCAGAAAACUUAAAGGAUUCACAAGCACUACAGCUCCGAUCUUCGUAACUUCAGGAAAGCUCUUUGGCCAAAUUGUUGGACUCAGUGAGGUCCUAGGAACAGAGACACUGUGGCCUUUGAUGUUGUCACUAUGUGGUUUUGCAGAACUACUGCUGUUGAUCGUAAUAUUCCUUUACCCAGAGACUCCUCCAUACCUACUGUUAGUGAAGAGAGACCUGGAGCGCUGCACAAAAGCUAUGGACACAAUUUGGGGACAUAGAGACCAUCAGCCAGAGAUAGAUGAGAUAUUGACAGAACAGGAGCACUACAAGAAGACUAAGAACAUGACUGUGCUGGAGCUUGUGAAGGAACCAUCCAUGCGAUGGCAGCUCUAUGUUGUGAUCAUCAUUACCAUCACCGUUCAGCUUUCUGGAAUUUAUGCAAUUUACUUUUAUGCAAGCAGUGUUUUUGUAACUGCUGGCUUUCCUGUGAAGAAGAUCCCUUAUAUAUCUCUGGGAAUAGGAAGCUUCGAGUUGCUGGCUGUUAUUCUAUCUAGUAUGCUGACAGAGCACUGCAGAAGAAAAGUCAUCCUGUUGGGUAGUUACGGGCUCAUGGCUACAAUGCUAGGACUUCUCACAGUCACUAUGUCAAUUCAGGGCUGGUUUGACUGGAUCCCCUAUUGCAGUUCAGUGUUAAUAUUCUUUUUCAUCUUUUUCUAUGGUCUGGGCCCAGGGACACUAACUAUUGCAAUAAUUAUAGAAAUAUGCAGUAACUCCUCACGUGCUGCCAUGUUUGUGCUCAUCAGCAGCUUCAACUGGAUUGGUCUCUAUGUGAUCGGGAUGACAUUUCCCUAUGUGGAGGCUGCCCUUGGUCAUUUCUGCUUCCUCAUAUUUCUUGUCAACAUUCUGGCCUCCGUAACAUUCCUAUUUUUCUACCAGCCAGAGACAAAGGGGAGGACUUUACAGCAAAUCACAGCUGACUUCAACAAAAUGAACUUCAAAGGCAAAAAAUCAGAGGAGUCAGUGGAGUUCUCAAUCAGCCUAUGACCAACCAUAAAUUGUCCACAUCAUUCACAAAGCACAUUGUAUACUACGUAAAUUGCAAAAUGUCUUGGCUUUGCACCGUGCUCCUACUGUAGGUGGCGUGCUGGCAUCAAUCAAGGUGCACAAUUACUGCACUCAGGAGAUGCCUUUGCAAAGUAGUUCCUAUGUGGGCGAGAAACAAAUCUGUAGUGUACAUGUCACAUGAAACGUUUCUCCUCACUUGAAUCACCACUUUCAUUAAAUAUUGCUUGUUUAGUUCCAUUUAGCUCACUUACUGUAUAUGGGAGAAAGGUGAUAUCAUUACAGUCUGUGUUACAUGCAGCAUU